AACACGGCGACUAGCGGUCUCCAAGGCCGACCCCCGAAGUUGGCCGGGGACGUGAGAUCAACUGUCCAAAAUGGCCAGAAGACGGUCAACAAAACCGCUCAGAAUACCACCAACUCCGUGCUACCAGGCCAGUUCCCUGGUGAAGAAGACGGGGUGAAAUCUGCGCAGCGGGACCAAAACAAUGACGGGCCUAUCCUCACUCCUAUUCGGGAAUGGUGGCGUCGCUGGGUACCAUCAAUGUUUGACAAGAUGGAGUCAUACCUCAUGAGCUGGCUCUCCUGGCUCUUACCGGGACCACGACAAGCACGGUUGUAUGAGGCUGCAGCUAAGCGACCGGCUAGCACCACUUUCCUUGUCUGUCAACUGCUCUGCUGCGGGGUCCCAUUGCUCGUUUUUCUGGCCGGCGUCUUCUUGUUUGCUGCCGUGGCAAUCCUCCUCUGGUGUGUUUUGUCACUGCUUAUCCUCGGCCCUGUCCUCCUGGUGGCUAGCAUGAUGGGAGUCACGCUCUGGGGCUGGGGUUGGUUCUUCUACAGUGUUAUCAAGUGGGUCGAUCAGACGUAUCUGGGUGGUAUGCUCUCUCGGUUCUGGUUGACGCGAAGCUCCGAUGACGACGAUGACGAGAAAUCGGGCAAGGAGGAAGGAAAAGAGAAA